UCACAAUAAACAAAAACAUUUUCAAAAACCAAAAGGCAUGCAGAUGAUUGGAUGGUUGGAGAUUUGUACAAUAUCCGACGUCCGAACACUUUUGGGAUUGGAGUUGGGGGAUACAGUUAGUCUAAAGAGUGGGGGUCCGGGAAUUUCUUAAGAGUUCAUUAUUUUGAAAUAAUAUUGAUCGAUCAUGUAUAUCAAAAUAACACAUCAUCAACACAUCUGGCUCUUUUUUAUAUAUUCUUGUAUAUUACAAAUCAUAACUCAGGGAAGAUCUGUUUUAUUCUGUGUUUUGUUUAUAAGCCUCUUCUAUGACCUUUGGUCUCCGAUUUCCCCCUUUGAAUUCAUUCAAGGUCUAAAGAGAGACACUCAUUUGCGCUGUAUGAGUACGAGCUUAAUGGGUUUUGGGGGUUUUGUUCACGUCUUUAUAGCCCAGUGUUGCUCAUACACAUCUUAUACGUAACCAGAUGUACAGUGGCCACGUGUGUUUAGAGAUUUGUAAGUUUUAAAGGAUUCUGAAAUCUAAAAAACGUAGACAUCAUGCGGGGAAAAACUUCCUUUUCCCCCUUACAGGGUUGUGUAUAAGUGAUAGUGUAGUGUCUUAUUCUUUAUUCAAUUUAUUAUUGAUUUGGACACAAUGUAGUUUGUGGUAAGAGAGAGUAGAGCAAACCAUGAUGUAAAUUGUUUUUACAUUUGAUUUGUGAUAUUUUUCAGCACAAUCAUCGUCGUCGUUGUUAUUGUUUAUUUAUUUAUUUCAUUAUUUAUUUUUAUUUCAACGUGUUUUGACGUUAAAAUCAGUCUGAUGGGUUUUUUUGGAACGCUUUUAUUUAUUUUAAAAUAAAUGGCACUGAGUGCAUAUAGAGUUAAUCUUAGGGUUUUAAUGUUAAGCCCUUUAAACUGCGUUACAUUAUUUUGCAUAAAAAUAAAUCAUAAAUAGUUAAAAUCACCCAUGUUAAUAAACACUCCAUCAUUAAUUGGCCAUAAUAACACAUAACGCUUAAAUUCCCCUCAUUGUUUCCCCAGAGACAAAACGCUACAUUAAUUUCGGACAUGAAAGAACCAACGAAUGAAUGAGUAAAUGAAUGAAUGAAUGAAUGAAUGAAUGAAUGAACCGAACUGCUUCAGACGUUUCUCCAGUAUUAUACACAGUGUUUUGACUGAUGGCAAAGCGCAGCAUGGAGUUAUUGAUCUCUCUCUCUCUCUCUCUCUCUCUCUCUCUCUCUCUCUCUCUCUCUCGCUCGCUCGCUCGCUCUCGCUUUCUGUCUUUCUCUCUAUCUCAUGUCACGUAUAUGUCAGUACAUACGCCCAAAACGAGGAAGAGGGAAUGGUUCAUGAACACACACACACACACACACACACACACACACACACACACACGCACACACACACACACACACACGCACUAUAGGAAAUGAAGAAACGACUCGACUCGAUAUAUGAAAACAUUAAUGGAAAAGUAUAUGAAAAUUUUCUCUCACUGUCAGUCACACACACACACACACACACACACACACACACACACACACACACACACACACACACACACAUUCAGGAUCUCUCAGCCUUCUAGUGUUUUUUUCUCCUUUGAUCGAUAUAGUCAUGACUAUCACAAUCUAAACUGAAACCGGAUCCGAGAUGUAUUUGAAGUUUUUUUUUACACUAAUCUUUGACCAUAACGUAAAGAAAUCCAACUAUCGAAUCACUUCCUCCUCCACCGCACCCUUUCAUCAAUAAUGCCUUUAGGUCUGGACAUUGUUCUUUCUUCUAGAAGAACACCAUACUUUACAUUUGCAUUCAGUUCGUUUAGAUGUUUAGACUUGUUCUCUCUCUCUCUCUCUCUCUCUCUCUCUCUCUCUCUCUCUCUCUCUCUCUCUCUCUCUCACACACACACACACACACACACACACACCAUAUAUAGAAAGACCGCAUUUGCCCCCCUCCCACCCAGAAAAGGGAUUCAGUGCAACUUUAUAUAUUCUCCUGCCAUUAUUUAAAAUUCCUUACAUCAUGUCGGAGUUAAAGCAGCUAUUUAACUGAAUAUCAGAAGCAGUGUUUUAACAGCUUCGUGUUGAACAUCAUCUUAACCCGAACAAAAAAAAGUGCUGUUUUAAAGAAUAAAACGGGAAUUGAAAAUGUGCCUGACACGGUAGUAAUGUAGAUUUAAAAACAAUAGUGUGUAUAGAAAGAAAUACACUAAUAAUAAUAAUAAUAAUAAUAAUAAUAAUAAUAAUAAUAAUAAUCGUAAUAGUAAUAAUAAUAAUAAUAAUAAUAAUAAUAAUAAUAGUAACAAUGCCGUCCUGCUUGUGGAUUGCAGGCAGUGUUACAGUACAAUAGUAGUAUAGUAAUUACUCAGAGGAGGGGUGAGCGUGGUGGAAUUAUCCAUUUUUAUUGCAUCACCUGUCAGAAUGGUCCAAUCAGCGCCGACUUUGGGAGGCUUUAAUUGAUGAAGGUGUCUCCCAACUUGCUCACUUCCCGCUGUCAGUUUAUUUGUGGCUUAAACCAGCACAGGGAACAGCGGUUGCAUUUUGGGGGGCUUUUAUUCGCCUCUCUCUCUCUCUCUCUCUCUCUCUCUCUCUCUCUCUCUCUCUCUCUAUCCGUUUCACCUUCCCUCUUCUCUUUAUGGGGAAGGAGAGAGCUGAAGGGACUGCAGAUCUAUUUUUGCCUCAGUUUCCAACUUUUCCCCCCUCUGAGUGUGGACCCCAUUCGCGGUCCACGUUGAACUGAUCAGCAGUGAUGCCUUCUGAUAGAGCAACUGCAGUAGCAGAGGAGCAUCAAUGCUGGGAUUCUUAACAACACAAUAAGGAAAAUGGGAGACUUGGAGUUUGGCUUCGAGGAAAUGCAGGGUGUAAAGCUGGGAUAUCUUGUCAUUCAAGGCAAGCAGAUGUUCGCCCUCUCGCAGGUCUUCACCGACCUCUUGAAAAACAUCCCACGGACUACCGUGCACAAACGGAUGGAUCACCUGAACGUGAAAAAGCAUCACUGUGAUCUGGAGGAGCUUCGAAAGCUCAAAGCAAUAAACUCGGUGGCUUUCCACGCAGCUAAAUGUACUCUGAUCUCCAGAGAGGACGUGGAGGCUCUGUAUUUCUCCUGCAAGACGGAGCGCGUGCUGAAAUCCAACAAAAGGAGGACGAGGACAAAAGCGGACGAACAUCUCCGAGGUGAAGAGCGUUCCCACGACGCUCGAAACGGCUUUUGGAAAAAGAAACUUUGGCUGAGUUUUCGCGGAGUCUCGCCGACUCUGGCUCUCCGAAACAAACCUGUCAGAUCGGAGCUCGCGUCCAAUCUACCUCAAAUUUACAGUAAAUCCAUCUACCAGAACUUUCAGCCGGUCACCCCGACUGCACGGAGAGCCUUCAGAAACUAUGAAACUGUGCAGAUACCUGGGAAAUGUGUGGAGUUUAAUGAGAAACGCUCGUUUUUUCGAAGCGGGGAGAUCUCCAGGAGAAAGCCGGCUGUGGCCGCCAUUUCAGCUCCGUCCGCCUCGGAGCUUCCUUACAAAAGGAAAAGGAGGUGCGAGAGACACUUCGGGGGCAGAAAGCGACACUACCGGCUGCUCGUUCCUAAGUGCUGCAAACCAAAAAGCUGUCUGGCGAACGGGUCUUUUAACCAUUUUCACCCGGAUCAUGAGCUCUGCUUGGAGUCCAGACAUUUUCAGGAAAGCUGCAGUAGCGACACCGAGUGCAGCUCCGCCAACGACUCGGACUUUGGCUCAAGUUUGUCCACCAGCAGUAGCACCAGUAGCUCCACCAACUCUGGAACGACAGACGACGACGAGGAAGACUCGUUUACCGGUUCUUCAGAAGAAAGCAGUGAUGGAGGAAGCUCGUCUCAGUCCGAUUCAAGCUCCGUGUCCAGCCGGGUUUCGAUGCAGAGUAUCCGAUUUCGGCGCGCGCGCUUCACGAGCCUUAACGCGAAAGCGCCUUUGGUUCUGCAGCCCACUUUCCAUUACAGGUCUAAUUUUCAACCCAAAAAUGGAAGUGUCUAUGGAAAUGGUGCAACUCUGGAUUGUGAGAAAGCAAGUAAAAAAACUUUGGACAUGACUAAACACAGACGCAGGGAAUGUGAUGAAUGGGAAUGUGGGAAAAAUGUAUGCACGGUUGGGAAUUGUUUCUCAGGCCUGAAAAGAGUCGUGGCUCCACAAAUGGUCGACUUUUCCAACGAGCCAAAGACAACCGAACAUCUGAGUGGUAGAAAUAAAUAUGUAAGUUUUACACCCUGUGCAAAUGGAAAGGUGUUUCCACAACAAAGAGCGUCAGGAUACCAAGCAGUCUGCAAUCAGGACAAAGACACCGGCGUUUCUGCGGCUCUCGAGAGCAAUUAUUUGGAAGGUGCACAUUCAAAAAAAGAUGCAAAAACAGUCAUCUGCCUCAAGCAACCAUCACCUCUCAAAACAGUCAAGACUGAGACUGAGGAAUUCACCACACACACAAACCUGGACACUACAGGAGACACGAAACUCAACCACGUGAAAAUCAAAGUCGAGGACACUUUUGAUGAGUAUGAAUAUGCAACCCAAGAACACGCUUAUAAAUGCAAGGAGACAUACGAUGAACACGAAGACGCUUUGUUUCUCAGUACUGAUCAUGCAGAUCGUGCUAAAGAUGGCAGACAAACAUUUCCCCCUCCUUCCAAACAGGAACCAAGCAGCACUUUAAACACUCAAGGGGAUUAUAAAAACGCAAGGUUCAGGAAAAGCUACCGGACACCAGGUUGGGGGAAAAAGGCAGAAAAUGUUAAGACAAAUGCGAAGGUGGACAGGAGUCCUAGACCUGCUGGCAAAUGUGGGAGCAAGAGAACUGCAACCCAACAUGCAUCUUCUUUAAAAACAACUUUUAACUUCAUGGCGAAUUUUCCAUGCCCUCCGUCUCUGAUCGUCGGCAGUGAUGGAGAUUUGAGUCCUGCUUACUCUUUAACCUCUUUCAGGACUAACCAGGUGCCUCAUCCUUCUCAUCCGGUGUGGACAUGGCAGCUCGGCACUUCUGUUAUACCUCCUCACCUAAACCAGAGAUUCAGGAAAACAACAUAAGCCAACUUUUGAGAGGUCAAGUCUUCAAGGCACUGAUAGUUUUUGUAUUUUUUUGGUUGUUUCGGUGGGCAUGCAGGAGGCCUACACCUCCAUGUUGACGUGCUAAAGAACCCCAGGAUCACUGUGGACGUUUGGAAAAUUUUCAUUAACAAUUGCAAUGUUGUGGAUGUUUACUAUACGACCUGUUGGAAUUUUAAACGACAUGCCUAAGAAUUUUGGAAUAGACAGACCUAUCCAAUUUUUUUCCAGGAAAGCUUGACUUUGACUAUUAAUAUCAUCUCUUGCGUUUUUUUGUAACUUGCAGAUUCCAAAUAUUUUCCCAAACAUUCACAAUAACAGUUAAACUUAUUGGAGGUAUACACUUUGGACCGGGUUUACGUAUUUAUUCAAGGGCUGAAGCCUAGUUGGUCCAGACUCCCGUCCCAUACUGCGCCGUCCCCCUAACACACACACACACACACACACACACACACACACACACACACACACACACAACAAUAACAAAAAGGCCCUGGACGAUUGACAAUCAGGAGCUGUUUGGAUUUGCACGAAGUUGAGAAAAGGGAAGAAACUCCAAAUCGAUGUAAAGGCAUUGAUAGUCUUGGAGCUGAAGCACAGAUUUGACUAUGCAUUGCUACAAUGCUGUAAUGCUCCAUAAUAGGCUGGUAAUUUAUAUAUAUAUUUUUAAAUUCUUCAGAAUUCUUUCCACCUGGACAUGAAUAAAGUUGCAAUGUGACUUACAUUUUAAUUAGACCAAGUAAUUAUUAGUAAUUAGGUUCACUUGGCCUAGUUAUUGGGUGCUCUUUUUGCUUGGUUUAGCUAAAAUGAUAUUUGACCCUUUUUGUGGCAAAUUCUUUCUUCUUCUCUUUUUUUUUUUUUUGGGUUAAUCAAAGACAGCUUUAAACACAAUGUGGUCUUCAUGCAACCAUGAUAAUGUGAACAAAAUCUAAAAAAGGGAGUUCGAAUGCAACUAUAGCCAACAUUAUUUAUAAUCAAUGUUCACGAUGCAAGAAAUCAGAUGCCUUGAUCCACCAGAGAAGCUCAAACCGUCUAAAAAAAUUCUCGAGUGUAAAACUCAAGUGUGUUCUUUCUUGGUGCUCUUCUGCCCCGUGGAAAUGCUUGUGAAUUUACUGUGAAAUAUUUGAGCCUACGUGUUUACCUUGAGCAAAGCAGAGUUUGUUAACUAAGCAGACUUUGGAAGUGGAGCACACGAAGGAUUUCAAGCAGCCAAAAAAAAAAAAAUUGCGGAUGGCCAUCUGAUUUGAAUCAUGUAUUCUUGUGUUUCUUAACAAAAUAGAAAUAUACACUGCCAAGAACUGUAGGUAUAACAUGUCGCGCGCGCACACACACACACACACACACACACACACACACUGCGCUCUAAUAGGUCUUUGGGUGCUGCAUUUCGGUAGGUUUGUUAGGCUAAUGAAGGCCUAUUCAUGGAAUUGCAAAUGCGAUAAGACGCCUUUUCCCUUUUUUUUAAAGAGACUAUUUUUUGAUGACUGUAAUUUAGCCUGUGCGGUUGUUUCUUAGGCCUUUGGCAAAGUAUGAAAGUCCUUGUCAAAGUGCACUGUGAAUUUCAGUUUCACCAAAUUCAAAGCAGAAUGUAAUGCAGAGGAGAGAAACCGGAAUGUUUUUAGGUUUUAUAAAUCAAAAAGAGAGCAUGGCUCCACGUAGCUAAAAAAAAAAAAAAAAAAACGCAUAAAGGCCUUGACAUAUUGUUGACAUCAUCUUUCUGUCUCUGUACUUUUCGUACAAUACUUGAGGUCAGAUUUUGACAAGGACAUUUAAAAACAUUUUGAAGUCACUGGUUGUUUAUAAAAACGCAUAUUUAUUUUUGGGUUUUUUUUCGUUUUUUUUUUUUCAUAUAUCUUUGUUGUGUAGGAUACAUGCACUCAAAUCGAAAAAAAAAAACUUGAAAUGUGGAUUUCGAAGCACUUUCCUUUCUUUUCUGAAUGAUGAAAUAAUCAUUAAAAUGUA